AUGCUGUUAUCUUUUUCAGCUGGAAAUGUUAUAUUUUUCAGAGAUAUUGAAGAAGAGUCGAAAACUAUUGAACCAGGUGACAUUGAAAAAUUGAAUCAAAGUGAAAUUUCUCGAUUGAAUACUUUAAUAUCCCCUUGGCAUUCACAAGGCGUUCUACCGCCUCCAAUUGUUUGGGAUAGUCAAUUUGCUACUUGGUCUGCAGAUCCAGCCGGCUUAUCAUCAUCGUCAUCAGCAGCAGGAGCAGGAGCAUCGUGUCAAGGAAAUUCAUUAUCCAAUAAUAAUAAUAAUAGUGUUACUGUUCCCGGUUCCAUUGUUGGCACUGUUGGCGGUGCUGAUACGUUAAAUCAAUAUGGAUACUAUGGACCUUAUUUACCACAAUCACACGAGUCCACAUCUACAGCAUCAACAUCAUAUCCAUUUUCAUCAACGUAUAAAAGUAGAGAACAACCAUUACGUAUUUAUACAGCUGAAGAUAUCCCAUCACCGGUUUCUUCUUCUAAUAAUACUACACAUCAUAAAAUAACAGGGGAUAAUAAACAUGCUUCAACUGGACCAUCGUCACCCAAGUGUACAAGAAGUCGAGAUUCUAGAACUCCUUAG